AUGACGACGUAUCCUGAAGAACGCGUCCUGAAGCCUCUCGACCCUGUACCGGAAGAUGUCAACGAUUGGCCAGACUUUGCUCUCAGAGAAGUGAAGAUAUUCUAUCAGGGCAAAGGUCGCUAUGCCGACUUACUAGAAGCAUCAGAUGAGUCGCCACUAUGCGUUCUCGGAGAGCUGAUGCCGUUGGAUGAUGAGCUGGAACAUCUAGCGCUUAUCGAUAAACCCGUCUAUUCUCGUAUCAAAAUCGAGAAUGUCACCAAUUACAGCUUUGGGCUAGAUGAUGGAGGUACGCCUCAGAUAUGGGCGGCAGGUAAAGCUGGGUGGUAUGAGAUUCAGCCAUCGGAUCGCUACCUGCAGCACUACAACGACACCGUCGAGGCUAUCGACUUGUUCUACUUUAUGGUUGAUCAGCAUCAGCAACUGCCGAAGAAGCGCCAACGCUUCGGCUUUGCGGUGGAUCCUUUCUUAGCGGAAUACCAAAAGCAUACUGGCUACCGAAUCAACGAUGAUGAUGAUGCCAUGGAGACCAUUCACAAGCACCACAAAUUCUUGUUGAAGCAGAUGAUUGAGGAAAGAGAAGGCAUCAACUGGGCUCAGUCGUAUUUGUGGAAACAUCUUCUGGAAACCUACGCCGAGGAAAUCGAACAGCUGAAAAUAACUUUGGCCCAGCAGAUGGAACAAAUGGAGUUGAACACGCCAGCGGCCCAAAAGUCAAGCUCAGAAUCAUCGUCCGAAGCUGAAGAGUCAAAGACUGACGACGAGGCCGAAGACGAGGAUGACGAUGACGAUGACGAUGAAGAAGAUGGUUCAGGCACGACACCAGGCUCAGACGCCAAGUCUUCAGCAUCAAGUGAAGCAUCCGAGUCUGAAGCAGAGACGGAGGUUGACUGGACCAAGACUAUUUGGGAUCUGCUCAAUGCCCUUCGCAAAUCACCGAACUUCAAUAUGCGUCAUUGUGGGAUCGAGCAACUAGCUGACGAACUGCGCAAACUACCUGCAUUCACGCCGAACGACCAUAAAUCGGCAGUCAAGGCAAUCGAGCGCUCGGCCUCGGAGCUGAUCCGCCUAAUGAACGAGGCCAAGUUGCGCAAAAAAUUUAACUGGUCGACGCGAGCCAUAUAUGACGAACUUGAGACAACCUUUGCGGGGGAAGUUGCUGAGGAGACAAUCAGAACACCCGCAGCAAAGGGCAACACCAAGCGACAUCGCACCAAGUCCGUAUUACGGCCUUCAGGCGCAGGAAAAGCACGCAAGAGCACGGGCGGUGUGCCUGACAGCCAAGACGAAGACGAAGAGAUGCCAGACGUGCCUACCACAUCACCGGCCGUGGGUCGGAAGAACUUGCAACAUAUGACGCGACGGACAAGGGUACAGACUUCUGACUCUGCUGCAAGUCGAGACGACAGCCCCAGCAGGCAGUUGAACGGCAUCCACGAUCCGUACGCGCUGCCUGAGCUUCCUCCGGGUCCUGAGGCGCAGGAGAUGCUUGACCUACUAAACCAGGAAUCCAAACGUGUAGGCAGGCAACAUCAGACGUCUCAUCUGAAAGAUUUUCUAGAGCACUUUAACUGGGAGUAA